CAAGCUAGAUUAGUUUACAAAUGGCGGACAUUACGGAUUAGAAGUAAACAUUCAUAAGAGACGAACGAAAACUUCGAAAUUAGGGAUAUUUUUUGUAUAAGGAUCGCAGAAUAAACAGCAAAAAUGGCGAUAAGCUUAGAAGAUUAUUUUAGAACAACAUUUGAGGACAAGCUCCUCGUUAAAAUGCCAGAGCGUGAAGAUGACCAUCUCACUCCUGCCACACGCUUGUUGGAGAAACGCAGAGAAAUGGCUGAGGUGGAACAGGCCUUGGCUGCACAGAAAGAGGAAUUUCAAAUGAAAAUGGAAAGUUUGCAGCAAAGGAGAGAAGAGUUGGAAAGGAAAGAAUAUCAACUUAAAAAAUCACUUUUACAGUUUGACAAAUUUUUAAAGGACAAUGACUCUAAGAAAGCAAGAGCAGUAAAGAAAGCCAAUGAUGAGAGAGAUAUGAAGAGGCAGAAAGAAAAGGAAAUUGAAAAAUUAAAAGAAGAAACAGGUGAUCUUGGAAGAACUAAAGACAGACUACAGAGAAAGUUAGAAAAUUACUCCAUAUUUCAUAAGUACAUGGAGAAGGCAUUAGAGAGAGGAGAAGAGUUUCAUGAGAUGAGAGAUGUUAUAGCAAGAUAUGACACACUUACUGCCACACAUGAGGAUCUUUUAAAAAGUGACCAAAAGAAUCAAGAAGUUAUUGAAAGGCAUAGACAACAGCUUAAUAAAUAUAUUGAAGACAAGGAUAAUGAGAUCCUGUCAUAUAACAACCAGUUAUCAAGUUUACAGACCCGUCUUGAUGUAGCACAGAGUGAAGCUGUCAAGUGGGAGUCACAGUGGACACAUAUCAAAAAUACUGCUGCCAAGAAAACAUUAGAAUUGGGAAGAAUCAAAAUGGCAACUCAUAACUUGUAUCAACUUGUGAAACGUCACCAGAAACAAGCUGCCCAGGCGGAGGAGACCCCAGACCAAUUAAACCAGAUCCAGAUGUUUCUGGAGGAUCUUUCAGACAUUGUGCGGGAACUUAAACGUCAAGAUACGACAUUCACCUCAGUGGGACCCACGUCAUCCAGCUAACAUCACUCUAGUCAUUACUGCAAAAAUAUCUCAACAUAGUUACCUUUUUAUUCUAUUAAAAAUAAGAACAAGUUUUAUUGAUUUUUUUUCUUGUAAACAUACAAUAAAUAUGCUACACCGACAGUCAACAUAUGUGUAAUCUGUUGUUAUUGUGAUACAUAGUGAUAAUUGUAAGGCAAAAAUCAAAAUCUCAAAAGGGAAUAUUCAAUUCCAAGAUGAAGAAAGUGGAUACAUUUUAAACCUUGGAAUAGGCUGAUUGUUAAAUGAUCUCAGAUCUACACAGAUUUGUCAAUAUGCUUAUCACAUUGUUUACAUUAUUGACAUAAAUUUUUUUUAUAAUUUGUCAGCUCCCUUUAACCUAGGAAUACUAUUUGUGUGUGUUUCAAUAGAUGUAAAAUUUAGGUAUUUUUGGUAGAAAUUGUUUUGUUUUUUAAUAAAAACCCAUCUUUUUCUUAUUCUUUAGGGUUCAUAACUCUGAUCUUUAACAUUUGGCUCAUUUUUUGCUUUAACCCAUUACUUCAUGAGCAUUUUGUGAAAAAUGGCUGUUUUCAUUGAAAAGUCUCCCGUUACAAGUUCAAAUUGCUAUAAUACUAUAAAAACUGCUUCAACACUAAUCAAACUUGGCACAAAUGUUGACUGGACCAUUGCCCUUGCAACAACAUGAUCAGGCUUAAAUUUUCUGUUACCAUGGCAACGAGGGGACAUCUCAAAAUUGCCAAAAAUCACUAUUUUGGGUUGAUUUUUUCCAUCAAAAUUGAUUUCAAAGUGCUGCAACUUCUCAAUGGAUUGAGAUAGAGUCAAAUGCUUUUCAACGUUGGUUACAUGUUACCUUAUGAUCAAUCUGGGGUCAUUUACAGCCUCUCACAAGUCCAAAAUUUUCUUGGCGAUGAGGGGGACUCCGCCCCCCUUCAAACCCCCCCAAACAGAAGGGGGCACAUCCCCCUUCUGGCAACCCCCUGAUGUAUCUUUUGGUUGGGGGGCCGCGCCGAAAAAGAGGUCAAUUUUUUUAACAACAUUUCUCAAACAAAAACAAGUGUUUGGGGCCUAAAUAAGGCAUUUUUCAUCAUUUGAGACAACAAAAAAAGGGGGGGGGGGGUGAAAAAGGCGUGUAUAUGAAGUAAUGGGUUAAAUUCUCAAACAUAGCAUAAACAUAUCCUUUAUUUUAAUAAUGAUAUUAAAUUUUGAAUGUUUCAUCCAUCUUAUUAAAAUGUUUUUAAAAUAUUUUUUUCCAAUUAUUAAGUGUUAACAGUACACAAAUUUUUUGACUAGGGAGUGUUAGUGACAAGUAUUUGUCAGUUUAGUUAAAAGUAGAUGUACAUUUUGAUAAAGGGAAAUAACUGACCAAUGUCACUUACUAUAUUUUACACUGACGUUUUUAUUAAGGGGAAGUAACUGAACAGUUUUCUGCAAGUAUAAUGUUCACACAACUUUUUUUAUAUCAGGCGAUAUUUUUCAGGGACUAUAAUUACAGUUUAAAAACAUCUUUAUCAGGGGUUGCAAUUGUCUGUAUAUUUUACAAGCAGUUUUACAGUCCUGAGAAGAAAUGAAAAAUUACCUAAAUUUGAAAGUGUUGUUUAUAUACAGCUCUGUUAAUCAGGAGUAGUAAAUGACCAAUGUCGGUCAUUAUGUAUGUAGUCCAUAAGUCUGUUUAAGCACACAAAUUGUCAGUCAAUACAUUUAACAUACUCCUUUUAUUAAAAGGGAAGUUACUAACUUCAGUGAAUUAUUUUUCACUAACUUUUCAUAUAAUUUUAUGCUAUUCAAUUUACAGAUUCAGAUGUUUAUUCAAGAUUUAACCACCAUUACCAAUGAGAUCAAGCGAAUGGAACUGUCUGGAACCUCAAUAAUACCCCCAUCUUCAAGUUAAACUGCUCCAACUUCUUGUGCAGUAGUUACCUCCCUUGGCAGUCAUAACACUGUAAGGGGAGGUCACUUUGUAUGAAUUUAUGAAAUAAUUUUCAUGAAACUGAAAGACUAAAACUACAUUGGAAUAUUUUUGAAAUAAUGUAAUAUGUUUUCAAUUAUAUUCUACGAUUUCUUGAUAUAUUUAUUUUUCAGUCUAGAAUUAUCAACAAUAUAUCAUGAAUUGAAAUAUAUGCAAUUGUCUCCCUUGUCACAAACUGAUCAUAUGAAGGUUGAUACCUUUAUGUAUGAUUCCAAUUGUUAAAGUGAUAUCUUUUUUUCAUGGUGCAGUUACAUUAUUCUAACAUUUAAGUCUAUGAUAUAAAAUAGGUAUAGACUUUUAGGCACAGUCCUUUCAAUUCCUUUGUGCAUUGUGCAUAUGUGUUCCCACAGAUUUUUUUCGCUAUAAAUCACUUUCAAAUGUUGAUUGUUUUACUUCAAUUACAAACACAGCAUCCAUUUUAUAAUAAGAUUUUUUGGUUGCAAGUUUCUUAUGUUUAAACAUAUCAAAAUGGUCAGAAAUGAAUUAUUUGUUUAUCCUUCUUACUAUUUUUUCUGGCUCAAAUAGUUUUCUCAUAAUUUGUUCUUAUAACAACAAAUGCAUUUAUUAGGUAUUGUUGUUCCAUGUUUUAACAGACACUCUUAACAAAUAUUAGAAUCCAUUUUGUUCCUAACAGAAAAUUUGAAAAUCAAAUUAUAAUUUUCAAACAAUUUUUGUACAAUAUAUUUGUUUAACAAACCAUUUUUGUAUUAUUUUAUAUUGUUAAAAUUUGUAUACAUUUGUAUUAUACUGUUAGUGCAAAUUUGACAUAUUAAAAAAUGAGAAA